GUACGCGUUACUGCGUUUUUAUCGGUGUUACCGUUCCGGACUUGCAAAACAGCAAAUGGCACGUACUCCAGCGGAGAGCUCAUACAGUAAAUGCACAGGAGCUUCACGCUCAUCUGAACGGCUGUAUCAGUUCUGCCACUAUGAAGAAGCUUAUGGCCCAGAAGCCGUACCUCCAAAUCCAGAACGGAAUGACUGUGAUUGACAAAGGAAAGAAACGAACCUUAGAUGAAUGUUUUCAGAUGUUUCAGAUCAUCUAUCAGAUUACCACUAGGACUGAAGAUAUUUUACUGAUAACUAAAGAUGUUAUUAAAGAAUUUGCUGAUGAUGGUGUCAAGUACCUGGAAUUGAGGAGCACUCCUAGAGAAGAAAAGUCCACAGGUAUGACCAAAAGGAUGUAUGUUGAAACUGUACUUGAGGGUAUAAAGCAGUGUAAAGAAGAAGGCUUGGAUAUAGAUGUAAGGUUGUUAAUAGCAAUAAAUAGAAGAGGUGGCCCGGCAGUUGCUAAGCAGACUGUUAAACUUGCUGAAGAGUUCCUUCUUUCCACUGAUGGGGUUGUAGUAGGACUUGACCUCAGUGGUGAUCCCACCGCAGGACAUGGUCAAGAUUUUUUGGAACCGCUCUCAGAAGCAAAAAAAGCAGGUCUAAAGCUGGCAUUGCAUCUUUCAGAGAUUCCAAAUCAAGAAGAGGAAACCAAAAUUCUCCUGGGCCUGCCUCCUGACAGAAUUGGACAUGGAACGUUUCUCAACUCUGCAACAACAGGUUCAGAAGAGUUAGUGCCACUUGUUCGACAGAAUCAUAUACCUAUUGAACUUUGCAUGACAUCAAACAUCAAAACUCAGACGGUGCCUUCCUGUGACAAACACCAUUUUGGAUACUGGUACAGCAUGGGCCACCCUGCAGUGCUCUGUACUGAUGAUAAAGGCGUCUUUGCAACAGAUCUAUCGCAAGAAUAUGAGCUGGUUGCAAAAACAUUUAACCUGUCUCGAUCACAGAUGUGGGAUCUUUCCUAUGAAUCAAUCAACUAUAUCUUUGCUUCAAGCGUAUUAAAAUCAAAGCUAAGGGAACAGUGGUGUAAACUGAAGCCAACUCUGUUUGAUUAAUCAGACUUGUUCUAAACAGCUUGGCUGUGUUAGCUUAGUUAAUAAGCAUUUUUUAUUGAAGUCCCUGGCUUUUUUCAGACUUCAGGUUUAUAAAUCCAGCCCAUAAAGUGUGCCUGUGCAAAAGGAAGACGACAGGAAUGUGUCCUUUGUUAGUGGGGACAGAAAUAAAUGUUCUUCUGUAGUUGGGAAAGGCUCUCAACCAGCGACUAAAAUUCCAAAUGUGUCGUCACGUCGUUUCUCUCCAGUUGAUACGACAUUUUUUUAAAAAUACUUAGUUGAAAUAUGUCAUCAUACUACAAACAUUUGAGAGUCAGAACAAAAUAAAGGCACAGCAUUAGGGUUUAACAUGUCUCUGUUGGCAA